AUGUGGUUUUAUCAUCGUGCCUAUCCGUACGCCAUCUCCGAUUUCCAGCAGGAACAGGAGAAGAUCGUCCCCGAGCAAGACGAGGCAGUUGCAGCCCUCAAGGCCGGCAAACGGCCAACGACCUUCCCUUUCAAGGUCAUACGCGACGUGAAGACUGACAAGCUGAUUGGCGAAAUCAAAAUCUUUCCAUCGCAAGAGCAUCCCCCAAGUGAAGAGGUCUGGGAGCUCAGCUAUAUCCUCCAUCCCGAGCACCAGGGGCGAGGUAUUGCACGUGCGGCCGUCCACGAGAGUAUGGAGUGGGCUCGAGCUAUGUUGGGCGUGAAGAAGUUGGAGGCGUAUGUACAACCGCGGAACAGGCCGUCAACAAAGCUCAUGGACAAACUUAGCUUUACUCUCCUCGACACCAUCACAGGCCCGUGGCCCGAGGAGAAGGGAGGAGGCAUGUCCACGGCCGCGCGGUACAUGAAGGAGCUGUAA